GAAGCAACGUGUGUGAAAGAGCAUUGCUAUUUGCUGCGUUGUUUUUCGUACUACAAAAGUGGAGUUUAACUAAGUGCAUCAACAGAAUGCGUGUGUAUAUGUGAAUGUGUGGUGGUGAUGCAUCCACAAUUUGUUAUGUUUACGGUGUUGUGUGCGAAACAUUGAUAAUUGUAAGCAAGAUCUGGAACUCUUGAAAUGCCACGUCGAUGUAGUGUGUUCGGCUGUCGGUCGAAUUAUGAUUCCGAAACAGAGAGAACGACUACAUUUUCUUUGCCAUCUGACGAGAGUCGACGUGCACUGUGGCUUCGAAAUAUCCCAACAGACUUAACCAAACUAAAACGGCCAAAUAUUUGUGUAAAACACUUCGAUGAAUCAUGUGUAAUUCAAGUGGACAUAAUUAUGGACAGAGGACAACUGAAAGAAUUUCCCAGAAUAAUCCCAAAACUCACCGAAAAUGCUGUGCCAACUAUUUUUCCCAACACUCCCUCAAACUGUUCUAAAUCAACUACAAAAGUGAGACGUCUUGCUGAUGUGGAAGACUAUCAUCUUAAAAAAGCUAUUCAAGACAGUAUUGAGUCAAACAACUUACACCUCCAACAAAAUUCACUUUCGUGUCUCAAUGAUAUUUCUGUGUUUCUAGAAGGCCAGAAAAUUUGCAGCAACAAGUGGUCUGUGAUUAGAGAUGAUGAAAAAUUGCAUAUAUGUCUUUUGGGAUUAGACAGGGGAAUACCUUGUGUUACUGCAUUCAUCACUGUUAAUAGUGAUUUGAGCUUUAGAGUAAAUGUUAGUGAAGGAAUUCAUUUUGCAGUUAAUGCAUCCAUCAAUGAUGUGAAGAAAUUAACUUCCAUAAACGUUUUAGAAAAUGUAAUGUCAAUGGUUGAGAAAGGGGAAAUUUUGCCUAGUGUUACAGAUAAAAUAAACUGUGCUGUCAAUUGCUUGCAGACUAUCCCAAAUUAUGAUGAAAAUGCACAACUGAAAUUUAUUGUAGAACAACUCCAUGUAUCACAAAUCUCAAAAAAACAACAGACACUAUGGCAACAACACCAUGAUAGUGGCAUGCUGCUUGUAUGUACAUUCUGUCAGUGCAUACAAUGCCUUGAGGAAAUGUGAUUUAAUGUUUUUACCCCACCCACGAACCCUGCAGAAACUAAUUUGUAAUUACCAGCUAGUCACUUCAUCAGUUCAAACGAGUCCUUAUUUAGAAAACAGGGUGAAAUAUUUAGAAAAACAUGAGUUGUUAGUGUCUCUGUUGUUAGAUGAGAUUUAUGUGCAACCACAACUUUCAUUUAAAUCUGGCUCAAUACAUGGGAGUAGCUUUUUUUCAUCCUGAGACGUGUGCCAAAACAGCACAGGUUUUUAUGGUCUCUUCCCUUUUGUCUAAAUAUGUUGAUGUUGUAGCAAUUAUACCAGUAGCUAAUAUGACAAGUGAAGAGCUGAAAUCUUUGAUCAGUAAUGUUCUGUGCAUGGUGGAAAGAGUGGGCUUCAAAGUUGUCAGUCUGAUAGCAGAUAACAACAGUGUAAACAGGAAGGCAUAUGAACUGUUCACCCCCAGUAGAAUUCUCCAACCCAGUAUUGAACACCUAGAUCCUUCCAGGAAACUUUUUUUUUAUGUUUGACACUGUACACAUUCUGAAAUGUAUCAGAAACAAUUGGCAGACAAAGAGAAGUGUUAAUAAAGUGUUACAGUUUCCUGACAUGACUGAUCAUUCAGUAAUAUUGACAGCACAGUACAAGCAUUUGGAGCUGGUAUACGAGAAAGAAAGAAACUCUUUAGUCAAAUAUGGCCACGCACUAUCAGCUAGAGUACUGUAUCCAUAGUCUAUUCAAAAACAAAAUGUGAAAUUAGCUUUGAAAAUUUUCAAUGAAAAUAACAUAGUAGCUUUGAAACAUGCAACAAAGGAUAUGCCUAAUGUUACUGAGCACAUAAAUCAGACAGUGACUUUCCUUCGGGUGAUUGUGAACUGGUGGAAGAUUGUGAAUGUUAGAAGUGUAUUUGAAGGACAAAGAUUCAAUGAUCCUUACAGAGAAGCCAUCAGGAAGACAACAGACAAUCAGGUGACAUUUCUAAAUAAUCUGUGUCAUUGGCUAAAAGUUUGGAGAGUAUCUGUACCAAUAAGUGAUGCUUUAACAUCACAGACAUUCCAGUCUUUAAUAUUAACAACUGAAUCUUUUCUGCAGAUAAUUCCAUACUUAUUUGAGAAAUAUGACAUUAACUACAUAUUGCUAGGAAAAUUUCAAAGUGAUGAUUUAGAGGGCCGCUUUGGGUGCUUCCGACAGUUGAGUGGGGCAAAUUACUAUAUUAGUUACAUCUAAGUUUUAGAAAAUGAAAGAAAAUUAAGAUUCAAAAAUGAUGUACUGUUUGCAGCUCAAAAUGAUAAUGUGCACUUGAAACACAUAAUUCCUGCCCAACAACAGCUAGACUGUAAUAUUGACAUUAGCUUUUUUUCUGAUAUUAUGGACAUCACCUUCGGUAUGGAUGAUGUUCCACCUAACAUGUUACCUAUUUUGACAGUAGUGAUCACAGUUGGAAUAGUGUGGCAUACAGUCUCUCUACUUGUGAAUGACUUUCUUCAGCAAUUUAUGUCAUGUGGUAAACAGCUUUCCAUUUCUCAAAAGAUAUGCAUGUCAAAAGUUGUGAAAGCAGUGGAUAAUGCUGAAUGUAUGUGUUUGCUUCACAACACAUUGUUAAGCAAACUGGAAUAUGUAUCUCUCUGUGCCAACAGGAUACUCAUUAACAAUUUUGAGAAAAUGCAUAAUGAUAAGGCAAGUAAGUCCAAAAUAGAUUCAAGGAAAGUGAAGAAGCUUAGGACUGACACAUAAGUUUGAAGCCCUCUACACAGAUACCAUUUCUUUUUUUGUACUUCCUCAUGUUAUUAAGUUUUACAGACAUCUCACUGUUCUUAUUGUACAAUUUUAUUUCAUUAUGUAGCACACUAUUUUUGAUUUUUACUUUGUUUUUCCUGUGGAGGUGUAAAUAGUGACCAGAUGUGGUUCCAUGUUUGUGAAAGCAACUGUUGGUUGGGUACUGGUCAAUAUUUUUCUUUAUGUAUCUCACUGUUUGAAAAUCGUAUUCACAUGGAACUGUCAGGAUACCCAAGUUUUUAAACAGCACUCUCCAGUGAGCUCUCUAGUUACUGUUUAAUAUAAUAUGUAUAACCCUUUGUUUUAGUUGCAAGUGUUUCUAUAUUCUGCCCAUUUACCUCCCAGAAGAUUCAGUUUUGUGAUGAAAAUUCCCGUACCACUGCUAGGAGAACGAUGUAUAUAUAAUAUGUUUAGGCUUUGGAACAUAUUUGUGUCCCAUAUGUUUAUGGCUAAUAUUUCUAUAUGUUUUUCUCCACUUAAUGAAAUAAUGUCAUUUUGGACUUCAUACAUAAUGCCUUCCUUAACAUACAUGCAUGGCCCACCAUCGCGCAUAAAGGUUCUGCUAUACUGAAAUGCUAGAUUAUAAGAAUUUAAACCAUUAAGACUUAUUUAAGGUGUGCUACAUCAAUCUUCUGUGAUGCAAAAGACUGAGUUGUCUAUAGUCUGCAGUUCCACUUGUAGUUGCUGGACUUUCUCAUGGACAGAAUAUUUUGGUGGAGGAUUAAGAAACCUUACCUUGAAGGUUUCUCUCUCUUUUUGUCCUUGACUAAAAAUCCUUUGGAUGAAGAGCAGGCAUGAUUUUCUGUUUCCACACAGUACUACAGAAUGUUGCUUCUAUUGACUUCUCAUCUUUCAAAAGUGCUGUUGAUGUUGUUACUGCUGCUGAUGGUGAUGCUGCAGCUUCUGAUGUUGGUGAGGAUGAUGUUUUCAGUAACUUACAGAUAAUGCCAUGGAAACACCAUGGAUUGUCAGGAAUUUGUUUAUUUCCUCUGUGAAGUAUGUUUAUUUUUUUUCUUUUGUCAUACUUGCAUCUCCACCCUCCCAUUCAGUUCAUUUCACAUAGUAGGAAAUAGAAUGUAACAGAUUCAAUUCCUCCUGUUAGAUUUCUUGUGUCUAUUCAUGCUUUACUGAUAAUGAAAUGUGCAACAGGGUACACUAGUAGCCCACUUGAUUGCUUGAGUUUUCAUUUCUUUAUUUUCGUUCAGACUGCAAACAUUACACAUAUAAUCAACAAAUACAUAAUGCUUAUACUUAUGUUGUUUCUGUGGCUGGUUUGUUUACAUUAAAAUUACAUUGAACACAGAUGUGUCAUUAUAAGGUAGUAUACAUAGAGUCUGAUUGAAGCAUAUGUUUUUGUUUUUCUUGGUGUCACAUCCAUGGCAGCAACAGAUUUUGUGAUUAUUUGGCUAAUUCUGUCAUAUUUUCUACAAUGCCUGUAAAGACUUUAUUAGAAGUGUAAACUGCCUCUAAAUUUUUGAGAAUAGUAUCAUUAAAUGAAUAAUAAAUUGACCUAAGGCAGUAUCAUAUUGCCAUGAAAUGUAUAGCACCAAUAGGUUGGAACAUUUUGUUUCAUUAAAACCUUCAAAGGGGCAUAUAGAGUCACUUCUAUUGGAAACUUGAAAGCUCACAGUAAGAUGUAAAAUUAUAUUUACAAAUUUAUCACACUACUGUAGUGAGUUUAAAAGAUGCCACAAAGUUACCUGCCUAAUGUUUAUGAACUAACCUAUUAUCUUACCUCAAUUAAUAUCAACUGUUAUGAGUAACAAAAAUGUGUGUUUUUAAAUGCAUUAAAAAUUUGUUAAAAUAAAUUAUGUAUGUGAAA